AUCAAACAAAACAUAAUAUCAUGUUAUAGUUCUCAUUCUCAAUUAUUUUCUAGAAACAGUGCGCAAAAUGGAUUCAAGAUUAAUCCAUUUGAUUUCUUCCUCGAGUUCUGAUGGGAAGAGUGAAAAUGAAAUGAGUAAGGGCGAUGAAGGGAGUAGUAAUUGCCCUGAUGUGAAUAUCUUAAGUAUGAGCGGAGGUGAUGGACACCAUAGUUACGCCACCAACUCUCUUCUUCAGAAAAGAAUAUUAUCAAUUAUCAAGCCCAUGUUGGUUAAAAACACAAAAGAAAUGAUGACAAACUUGGACUUUCCUGAAUGCAUUAAACUAACUGAUAUGGGCUGUUCUUCGGGACAAAACACGUUUUUGUUCAUGUCUGAGAUCAUUAACACAAUCAAUUUGUUAUGUCAAGAACGGAACCAAACCCCACCAGAGAUUGAUUGUUGUCUGAACGAUCUCCAUGGUAAUGAUUUCAACACGACGUUCAAGUUCCUAACCUGCUUCAAUGAUAAGCUCAUAAGCAAAACACCAUGCUUUGUCUCUGGAGUACCUGGUUCAUUUUACUCAAGGCUCUUUCCUCGCAAAAGUCUCCAUUUCAUUCAUUCAAAUUACAGUCUUCAUUACCUCUCCAAGGUUCCAGACGGACUGGAGAAGAACAAGAUUAGUGUGUACAUAACAAGUUCAAGUUCUCAAAGUGAUUACAAGGCUUAUAUGAAUCAAUUCCACAAAGAUUUUAGGACAUUUCUAAGAAUGCGCUCUGAAGAGAUGGUAUCUAAUGGACGCAUGGUUCUCACAUUAAUCGGCAGAAAGACUCUUGAUGAUCCAUUAUACAGAGACUGUUGUCAUUUUAUGACACUAUUAUCAGAUUCACUCCGCGACCUAGUUUCCGAGGGUCUUGUGAGUGCAUCAAAGGCGAAUUCGUUCAAAAUGCCGUAUUAUGAUCCGACCGAAAGAGAAGUAAAAGAAAUUAUUAGAAAUGAGGGGUCUUUUCAAAUAAACGACUUAGAGGCACAUCCAUUUGAUCUUGGGCAUUGUAAAGGAGAAAGUAGCUUGCAAUCAGCUGGAGCUAAACCAGGGGAAAAAGAGGCAAAUUGCAUGAGAGCAGUGAGUGAAAAGAUGCUUUUAGCUCACUUCCAAGAUGCCAUUAAUAUCGAUACAAUGUUUCAAAAAUAUGAACACCAUGUUUCUCAGCAUGCUAGCUGCAGGAUCAAAACGUCCGUCAAUCUAAUGGUUUCAUUGGUUCGAAAAUAACCUAUAUUUUCUAUCAAGGAAUAAUUUGUUUGAUACUAAUGAAAUCAUUUGCUUCCAAGUCAGAUUCAAUUGCAACAAGGAGAUUACUCUUCAUAUAUAUAUAUAUUAUUCAAAGUUGUUUCAAUUUUCGAUGUGGAAUAUAUUUCAUAUUGCAACUGUAUUGUUUCUUACUUUUUUGUACGUGAAUAUAAAACAAGUGUUGCACUUAUUUCAUUUUUUU